UGCGUUUAAACUAAUAUCAGAGAAAUUGUCUUAUUGUAUAGUUCAUAUAAUAUUUUGUAUAUAAUUGUCCGUUUAGUUUGUGAGCGUGUAACAUAACAAAACGCAAAAGAAGAAAAUCGAGAACAAAUCGCAAAUAGAAAUUAAAAUAAGAAAAUCGAAAUCUUAUAAAACAAAGUAAACCGGUAACUUAGACCGCAACACGAACCAAAAAAAGAAAGAGUGUAUGAAUAGAAAGAAAAAAGAUCAAAGUUCGAAAGGCUAAGCGAUUCAGUAUUGAAAUUCAUAAACGUUCUUAAAAUAUUUAACAUUGCAAAGGCAUAAGCUACUAAGAAUAAAAUAAAAGAAAGUGUGUAAAGCAAUCUAAAGUAAUUUGAAGGAAAAUAUUUAAAAAAUUACAAAAUGUCUGGGGAAACAUCCAUGUUUUCGGCUAUUGUCCAUGAAAUCAUUUAUAGUCCAAUGAAUUUGGCUUUGGUGGCUAUUAUUGCUUUUUUGGUAUAUAAAAUCAUCAAAGAUCGAAUUGAAGUGCCCAGUAUGGCCUCUCAAAAACCACCUGAGCCAGAAUUACCAAAAAUGCGCAGAGAUUUUACGGUAGCUGAACUUCAUCAGUACGAUGGCACACAGCCUGACGGCCGCGUAUUAAUGGCUGUUAACGGUAAUGUGUUUGACGUCACCAAAGGGAAGCGUUUCUACGGACCAGGUGGCCCCUAUGCUUCUUUCGCGGGUCGUGAUGCUUCACGAAAUUUGGCGAGAUUUAGUGUGGGCGCCAACGAUAAAGAUAAAGACGAAUAUGAUGAUCUCAGUGAUCUAAGCGGAGUGGAAAUGGACUCAUUACGCGAAUGGGAAAUGCAAUUCAGAGAAAAAUACGAUUUGGUUGGUAAAUUAUUACGUAAAGGUGAACAACCAACUAACUAUGAAGACGAAGAGGAGGAUACUGACAAAGACAUCAAACCUAAUGACACCGCGUUAGAGUCGACUCCCAAUAUUAUUACUAAUGAAAAUCUUACAUCUGGCAGCAGCGAUGAUGAGGGCAUACGAAAACGUCCCACCACCACCUCUACAGCCGAAGAGGUCAAAUAAAUCUCUACAUUAAAAUACAAGAUUCUCAAUCACAAACAAAAAAGUACCACAUUAGCACUAUUUCUCUCUCUUAUAUUAUAAUCAUCUACAUAUGGUUUGUGCACGCCCAUAAAAACUUUUUUGAAAUUUUUGUUUUACCUAAAAUUGUCAUGCUUGAAUUAUUUACAAAUUUGUAAAUUACCUUUAUAAUUUAAAGUUGGAUAGUUUUGAAGGAUUAAGUUUGCUUUCCACUUUUCGUAAAAAUGCAUUCAUGUAAUGCAAUUGCCUAGGAAAGUUGAAAAAUGCAAACACAAAACGGGUAAUUAGUAUUGUUUUAGCGGAUGUACAAGAUUAUAUACGAAAGAAAUCAUAAUGUUAAGGGGCAUUUAACGAAGUUUUACUAAGGUUUUGAAAAAAGUUUAUUAUUAUUUAUCUUUAUUAAAUUUUC